CCAAAAAUAUAUCAAAAAAGAAAAUCAAAUGCAAGAGAAAAUACAAAAAUAAAAUAAAAAAAAAAACAACACACACAAAAAAGCUUUUCUGUUGGUUGGAGAUUGGAGUCUCCCCAAAAAAUUCACUAUUCAUCAUAGAGUGCGCUCCCCCAAAAAAAUAAACUCAGUUUUUCAGUUUCUUCAGUCAGAUUCGUUCGCUCGCUGGGUUCUCUAAAAUCUCGUCCGGUUCGUCAGAAAUUUCUCUUUCGUUUUUAUUCAUAUUUCCCACACACAUUUUGACGAAUCUAUUACUAAAAAAUUUUUUUAGUAUUUCGAUUAAGAUGGCGCCGGGCGUAUGUGUUGCAAGUUUCCGCGUGUUCUUACGAUCGUCGGAUAUGUUGCGUUUUCGUAUAACGCCUAAUACAACUCAAACUGUUUCUCGUUCAUUUCUUAAUGCGGAAUCAAGGCCAGAUUAUAGGGGGAGAGCAAGAUAUUGCAGUACAUCACAGACAUCAAAUUCACCACCUGCACAGGAAGAAGAUUGUUCAGGAGAAGUGACCGUAAAAUAUAUUCAAGGCCUGCCACACAUAACCGUUCCGCUGCCAAGUCGAAACGAAAAAUGUCGUUUCGCCCUCAAGCCUGUGUCACAUAAAGUAUUUAACCUAAUUGAAAUGCUUAAAUUAGAAGAUCGUGGAGUUGACAGGGCGAUAAUAUUAAAUGACGAAGGAGUACGGAUAGCCUCAACAUGUAGCAUAGAAAGUCUUAUGGAUGAACCAUUUUGGUUAUAUAUUAAUGAUAAAAAAUAUAAAGUAGUUCCUCCAGAAAGAGAACGAAUCUCUUCACAAGAUUUAACAAAAUUAGGUGAUGUUAGAGCAUUAGUUGGACAACUAUAUGAAGCAUUACACGUAGGCGAAUACCAUUUGCACAAAGAACAAGAAUUAGAAGGUAAACUAGAACAACUUAAAUAUCAGCUGAGUCCUCUGGAAGAGAGAAAAACAGAACUGAGCGCGGAGGCAUCACGUAGAGCUAAUUUAAUGACAUGGGCCGGUCUAGGUUUUAUGUCGGUACAAUUUGGAAUACUAGCCCGCUUAACUUGGUGGGAAUACUCUUGGGAUAUUAUGGAACCUGUAACCUAUUUUGUCACGUAUGGCACAGCGAUGGCUGGUUAUGCGUAUUAUUGCACAACAAAACAGGAAUAUAAUUAUCCUGAAGUUAAGGACCGACAAUACCUCCUUACACUACACAAACGUGCCAAAAAGAAGCGAUUCGACAUCGAAGAGUACAACUCACUGAAGCGUCAAAUCGCCGACAUCGAAUAUGAUUUGAGACGCCUCCGUGAUCCGCUCAAUUUACAACUUGGACAAUUAGAAAAAGGGACCAAUCGAAAGUGUCCCAUUAAUACACCGCCAUCAAUAAGAGGUGUUGAUAGCUCUUGUAAAGAUGAUUCAAGCAUACCUCCAACGGCUACUAAUUUAAUUUUUACAGCGAAAACGCCGCGCACAGCAACCGAGGCAAUAAAGGAGCUUUUAUCGCUCACAAGUAGAAAAAAGAAUCCUGACCAAUAGACCGAUAUUAAGUUUUGUAUUUAAAAAAAAAAUAACAAAAAAAAAAAAACAUAACAAAAAAAUAAUUCAUUUUAAGUGCCCUUUUUCUGUUACAAAAAAAAACAUAAAACAAAAUUUUAAAUAGACAAAAAACAAUCAAAGAAAAAAAAAUUGUAAUAUUGUAACAGUAGAUAAGAGGUGUUCAAAUGAUUUUUUCUCAACUUAAACAAGGACAUUUUUAGUAAUUUUUUAGAAUAAUCAAUUUCUGGACUCAUUGUUUUGAAAUAUAAACUGUAAACUGCAAACUUUCGUGCUAAAAAGAAAGAGAUCCUAUAUGGUUCCUCUAUAAUUGACAAAGUGCGAAUUGUUUUUGUUCAAAAAUGUCCUUUGGGUGCAUGAUUUUAGGUCAUUUGUACAUCUCAAGCUUAAGAAUAGGUUAAAUUUUUUAAAACUAAAUGAAAAUUUAACGAAAAAUUGUUAUAUUUAUUGCCAACUCUGAAAAAAUUCGUUUUAGGCGCACAUUUUUGUAUUUUUAAAUUGAAUAUUUAUAUGUUUUAAUUUUU